UUUUGGGAAAUCAUUUCGGAAGAGCAUGGAAUCGAUGCCAGUGGUAUUUAUAAAGGCGAGAGCGAUUUGCAGUUGGAGCGUGUCAGUGUCUACUACAAUGAAGCAUCAGCAGCUUCGCGUAGUUCAGGAGGAAAAUAUGUACCUCGUGCAAUUUUGCUUGAUUUGGAGCCAGGAACAAUGGAAGCAGUUCGUUGUGGAACUUAUGGAAAGCUUUUCCGUCCCGAUAACUUUGUCUUCGGUCAAUCGGGAGCUGGCAAUAAUUGGGCAAAGGGACAUUACACUGAAGGUGCUGAACUUGUUGAUGCUGUUCUGGAUGUUGUUCGCAAGGAAGCUGAAAACUGCGAUUGUCUUCAAGGUUUUCAAUUGACUCACUCUUUGGGUGGUGGCACUGGAUCUGGAAUGGGAACUUUGCUGAUCUCCAAGAUUCGUGAAGAAUAUCCCGAUCGUAUCAUGAACACUUAUUCGGUUCUUCCUUCACCAAAAGUAUCUGACACUGUCGUUGAACCUUACAACGCCACGUUGUCGAUCCAUCAACUCGUUGAAAACACCGACGAAACUUAUUGCAUUGACAAUGAAGCUCUUUACGAUAUUUGUUUCCGCACUCUCAAAGUGCCGAAUCCAAGUUAUGGCGAUUUGAACCAUCUCGUUUCAUUGACCAUGUCCGGUGUGACCACCUGCCUUCGUUUCCCUGGUCAGCUCAAUGCUGAUUUGCCUUUCUUGCAUUGGUACACUGGGGAAGGCAUGGACGAAAUGGAAUUCACUGAAGCUGAGAGCAAUAUGAACGAUUUAGUCAGCGAAUAUCAGCAAUACCAAGAAGCAACAGCCGACGAUGAAUUUGAGCUUGAUGUUGAAGACAAUGAAGUCGAUGGCGAAUGCGUGUAAAUCAUUUCAACGAGAGCUUUCAAGACAUAUAAACAAGUCAAACUUUAGGUUUUCUUAAAAGCUUUCAUCAAUCUUGUUUCUUUCGCGAUAGCUCGUAAACAAAAAACGUCUUUUGAUAAAAUCAUGAAAGGGAAAAGUUUAGCUUACUCAUAAGAAAAUAAAUUACUCAUUGCAUCAACUUCUAAAGUUUCACUUGAUUAACAUCAAUUACCAUUAAACUAAUAGAAUAUGACGGGAACAAUAUAAGCAUAAAAUAGUCACGCGAAUGAGAGAAAACUUUUACUUUGUGCACUUUUCUCACUUCACGUGUCUGUUAAUCUACCUAAAUAAGUUAUUAAGCGCACUUUUUUUAAAUCUUUUCGUAAUAAUUUUUUAAUCGUAUAGUGUUUUUCAUUUCUCUUUUUAUUUUUCAUGUCUAGACAGUUAGGAAGCUUAAUUAAACUUUAUUGCAUACACUCGUAAUGGAGAAACGCAAUCUGGUGUACACGCGCAUUAAUGAAAAUUGAAAUUUCAAA